AUGUACCGAUUUCGUACCUAUGAUUUGAACACAGCAUGUAGCACUGGGGGUGAUCUGCUGUUGGCAAUCAAAUUGAGGCUGUGCCUGUUUGCAUUCGUCAGCUGCGCAGUCCCCAGUGCAUCCAAUGCACGGAAUUCAAGACUAGUGCCCCAUGGUCCGGCCCAAAGGAUGCUGGACCAUGCUGCUGUGAUGCUGUUGACAGCCGCUGCGGCAUGGAAGUUCUGUGAUCAUUUCUACCUCAAACAACGUGGCAAGAGAAUCGAAAAGAAUCCCGGUGCUUCCGCUACCUGGGAGAGAUGA